AUGUCGAAUCGCGCUGUCACCUUUGGCGGAGCUGCCGUCCUUGCCGGAGUUGGCUACUACUUCUACCAGGCCGGCGGUGACCCCAAGGUCGCCCAGAAGAAGGCUGAGGGUCAGCUACAUCCCCUGUGUUCACCAGCACCACGAGCGCUCAACUAACAUGUUGUCCCCACAGCCGACGCCGCAAAGGCCAGCUCCGAAAUCAAAUCCCACCUCCCGGGACAAGCAAAGGAAGUCAAGAAGGACGCGGAAGCCGGGAUCUCUGAAGCCGGCGCCAAGGUGAAUCAGUACAUCCGCGACGCAAAGAGCGAAGCGUCUAAGGUUGAUGAAAAGCUCGAGCAAUACCGCAAGGAUGCUGCCAACCAGCUUGACAAGACCUCGCAAGAUGCCCGCAAGAACGCCAACGCUGCCAUCGACUCCUUUGACAAGAACGUGACCGAGGUGAGUGGGAAGUUGUCUUGCGCUCCGGGUGGACAGGGACACCGAUGGGCGGGAGGGGAGGAAGAAGCAGCUGGAUAAUACACUACUGGGUUCGGAAACACGGUAUGCCUGUGCUGAUAUUGUCUGAUACAGGGCGCUGCGAAGGCUAAGAGCGGCAUCUCCAGCUGGUUUGGAGGCUCCAACGAGAAGAAAUAA